UUAUUGAAAAAGGGCAGACAGCAGUCGCACGUAAGUCAGAAGGCUUUUAGAAAUGGCCAGGAACAUUCUUUACGUUGUGCCAUUGUGGUUUGUGUUAUUAGUGACGUGGGCAGAUGAUCGCGUUCUCCUCACAGAGGAAAAUGAACGACGAUGGAACACACCACCGGAGCUUACACCACCAGAGCAAGUAAUCAAGACGUCCAAUGCGAAAAGCGGACGAUCGUUGUCUAUUCCAAUCACGACAAAUAUCCACGUAAACGCGGGAAACAAUGCACACUCUUUGGGCUUUCAACUACGGCCCGAAGGCGUUAGCUACUCUGAAAGCAACAGCUUCAAUCAUCCAUUGUCUGGAGCGAGUGGGAGCAUUUCGCAAAGUCAGUCGGUGUCAUUCUCCGCAGGAUUAACAGGAAUCUCCGGUGCUGUGUCCGGAGCAGUUAGUCAACAUUACCCUGUAUAUGGUAAUCAAGGAAAUAUGAACAGCCAAGUUGGUUUUGGCAGUGCAGCUGCUUCUUCAUCUGGUAAUCAAAACAAUCAUGCGACUUCUGCUAUCACGUCUUCGAAAGGAAUGACUAUCCGGUUUCCAGGGCAAAGUCAAAAUCGACCAAUCUGGACCAAUAUUCGUCCUAAUAACAAUAAUAACGGCCACCAUCCUUCACGUAUGCCAAAAUUAAACAUCACAGUAAAACCGCAACGUGAACAGAAUCGUGGCCCAAUUAAGUUACACGUUUCGGCACAUGGAACAAGAUGGAACGAUAAUCAACCAAAAAUUCAUAUACACACAUGGCAACCUAAUUCUGGAAAUUAUGACGAUGAUGAACGAAGAUGAACAAAAAUAUAUAAAUAACUUUAAUU